GCUGGUCUGUAAUAAAAGCAAAAUCUUGAUCUUAAAUCUGCUGUCUCCAUGUGAAUCCCCCCUGCCCCCCGUGCACAUCUGGAUUUGGUCUCUCCCCUACCCCUCCUUGCACUGGGCUCCGCACCACUCUGCAGCUUCCCAUUCAGAUUUACAUCUUCUCACCCCCUGUGGCACCUGGGCCAAGACUGGAGUCUGUGUGGCGGGCCAAGGUUGGUGGUGGGUCAGAGGGCAGGCAGUGGGCUCUGGCUGGCACCGCUGAACUCAGUCUGAGAAACUGUGACAGUGACCCCGAAGGGUAGGGAACCGCGGGCUGCGAGACAGCAAUGUCUAGUUUAAUUAGCAUUUGAGUCUUACCCACUUCCUCCAGGAUGCAUCUGUCUACAUCGGGAAAUUUCUUAUUCCAGAACAACUGUUCAGUUGUGCUGAUGUUCUCAGUGGGGUAAACUCCAGCAGAGACCUGGUUUAAGGGUCCUGACACAGCUAAUCCUAUUAAGGACACAGUGAGAAGAGACACCUAUGCCUAGUCUACCCUAGACUUUACACUGUUGGUAAUACUGGUGCAGCUGCCCUGCUGCUGAAAACUGGGUAAGAAAUUUCCUGCUGUGGACCAGACAACUGAAUCUGCUUGUGGGGUUGUGCUCCCGCUUGCUCUUCCUUCCUUGCUGAUGGUUCAUUUGACACGUUAACUCUGCAAGCCCGAGCAAUGCAUUCAUCAUGUUAGGCAUUAGCGUGAGCGUCUUAAUAUUAUAUAAGAUGUUUAACUGUUUGCCAAGUAAAUCACCAGCAGAAUGGAUUAGGAAAACUGCCUUAUAAGUGUCUAUGCAAUGGACUUCUACCCAAGACUAUAUUUUUUGUUCUAAUAGCAAUACUGAAAUUCCCAACAAUAAUACCAAUAAUCCACGUGUAUUAUACACACACCUACUACAUGCAAUUGACUUUCUAAGUGUAAUUGAUCUGUAUGAACAUUUCAAACCAACAUGACAUUUGCUUUGCCAUUGUGUUCGUAUGUCGGACACUUACUGCCCUCGCUAAAACACCGAAAGUUAGUGCAGCAGUGAGUAACUUGAGGGUUUGUUUAAGGGUGGAAAAAAUGCAGUUGUUAAUAGUUCAGCACCCAGAUACUGGAGAGAGUUGCUGUGGAAAUACAUAGCUCAUGAUAUUAUUUUAGUUAUACACACUCUGCUCAUGUAUUUAUUAUAGUUAAUAUGAUGGUGUGUAGAUCCAACAUUACUGAAUUUUAAUAUGAGCUCAGUAUUAUGGGAUGUGACAUAUAACGCAUGGCCGAAUAUGAUCCAUUAACACAAUCCUUUGUAAGGGAUUGUUGGCCUAAACUGUGACCUUCCCAAAUUUGUGUGGGGGUGUGUGUGUCUCCAACACACAAUGUGAUGUUUGUCCUCCGUUGUACCAUACUCAUCACUGUAGUAGCUGAGAGUCAGAAGUCACUCAGGAAAAGGAGUUGGGCAUCAUUGUAGCAGGUCAAAAAAACAUCAGCUCAAGUCAAUACACAGUAACAAUCCAAAAAAGCGAACCAUAGUAGGAUGCAUAAGGAAUGGGGUAAAGAAUAAUACUGAAAAGAUGAUAAAGCAAUUAUGCAAAUUAAUGGCACACCAUAACUUUGAAUACUACGUUUGGUUUAGAUUGCCCAUGUUAAAAAAGCUACUGCAGAAAUAGAAGGCAUCCAGAGACAGGCAGCAAAAAUGAGUAGGAAUAGGAAAGGCUUCCCAAGUACUGAGAGAGUGAAAAGAUUAGGACAAUGUCGUUUAUCGAGUAGAUACAUAAGAGGGGAGAGGAUGGUAAACAGAAAGUAAAUCAGCUGCUCCUAUUUAUCCUUGCAGUACAAGACUCAAUGGACAUUCAAUGAAAUUGAAAGGCAACAAAUUUAAAAGUGAUAAAAGGAAAUAGUUUUUUACACAACAUGUGAUCAACCUGUGGAACUCAUUGCCACUAGAUAACAUCGAGGGCAAGACAUUAGGAUUCAAACAAAGAUUAAAUCUAUGGAUUUCCCUCAGCACAGCAAGCAGGUCCUGGAGCAGCUGAACCAGCAGAGGCAGCUAGGCUUGCUGUGUGACUGCACCUUCGUGGUGGACGGCAUUGACUUCAAAGCCCACAAGGCCGUGCUGGCAGCCUGCAGCGAGUACUUCAGGAUGCUGUUUGUGGAUCAGAAGGACGUGGUGCAUCUCGACAUCAGCAAUGCAGCAGGCCUUGGUCAGGUCCUGGAGUUCAUGUACACAGCCAAACUCAACCUGAGCCCAGAGAACGUGGAGGAUGUGCUAGCGGUUGCCGGUUUCCUUCAGAUGCAGGAAAUCGUCAACGCUUGCAAUGCUUUGAAGUCUCUCACCGUGUCAGCUGAACCCAAUUCAGAAAGCCACAAGGUCCCUGAAGUGACCGGGGAGGUAAAAGCACCCGAAGAAGGUAAAGCAGCGGCAGAAACGCUCGGUGGACUCGACAGAGCUGAGCAGGUCCCAUCUGAUAGACAAGAGGAGGAGCUGACGGAGGCUGCAGCGGAGCCAAAGGAGAAGGAGCCUGAGGAAGAGGACAGCAAGGAGACCAGCGACAGAGCAGGUGCAGGCGACGCUGUACGGGAGGACGCCCACUCUGAGGUGCCCAGUAGGCAGCAGCCAGAGGGUACCAGGCCCAACAACGCCAGCCCGGCCGCAAAGUGCAGCUCCUCCCAGAGUUCAGAGCAAGAAAUGGAGGUGGAGCUGGAGGGGAAGGAGGAAGAGGAGGAGACGACAGCGGAGGAAGAGGAGGAAGCCAAAAUCCCAGUGGAAGAGAAGCCACGGUUGGAAAACGGAGACAACCCUGAGGAUAACGAGUCAGGGGGCACAGACUCCGGGCUGGAGAACUCCGGGGAAGCCAGGCUGCUGCGAUCAGGCACCUACAGCGACAGAACCGAGUCGAAAGCCUAUGGCUCGGUGACUCACAAGUGUGAGGACUGCGGAAAGGAAUUCACGCACACCGGUAACUUCAAGCGGCACAUCCGGAUCCACACUGGAGAAAAGCCUUUUUCUUGCAGGGAAUGUAACAAAGCGUUCUCCGACCCGGCGGCCUGCAAAGCCCACGAGAAGACACACAGCCCUCUGAAGCCCUACGGCUGUGAAGAGUGCGGCAAGAGCUACCGGCUCAUCAGCCUACUGAACCUGCACAAGAAGCGGCACACGGGAGAGGCCAAGUACCGGUGUGACGACUGCGGCAAGCUCUUCACCACCUCGGGCAACCUCAAACGGCACCAGCUGGUGCACAGCGGCGAAAAGCCCUACCAGUGUGACUACUGCGGGCGCUCCUUCUCCGACCCCACCUCCAAGAUGCGCCACCUGGAGACCCACGACACGGACAAGGAGCACAAGUGUCCUCACUGCGACAAGAAAUUCAAUCAGGUGGGGAACUUAAAGGCGCAUUUGAAGAUCCACAUCGCGGACGGGCCGUUGAAGUGCCGGGAAUGUGGCAAACAGUUCACCACGUCAGGGAACUUGAAGAGGCACCUGCGGAUCCACAGUGGAGAGAAGCCGUACGUGUGCGUGCAUUGCCAGAGGCAGUUCGCGGACCCCGGGGCCCUGCAGCGGCACAUUCGCAUUCACACAGGCGAGAAGCCCUGCCAGUGCCUGAUCUGUGGCAAGGCCUUCACGCAGGCCAGCUCCCUCAUCGCCCACGUGCGCCAGCACACCGGAGAGAAGCCCUACGUGUGUGAGCGCUGCGGCAAGAGGUUCGUCCAGUCCAGUCAGUUGGCCAACCACAUCCGUCACCACGACAACAUCCGACCGCACAAAUGCAACGUGUGCAACAAGGCCUUCGUGAACGUGGGCGACCUCUCCAAGCACAUCAUCAUCCACACCGGGGAGAAGCCGUUCCUCUGCGACAAGUGUGGCCGCGGCUUCAACCGCGUGGACAACCUGCGCUCCCACGUGAAAACCGUGCACCAGGGCAAGGCCGGCAUCAAGAUCCUGGAGCCGGAGGAAGGCGACGAGGUCAACAUCGUCACCGUGGCCUCGGACGACAUGGUCACGUUGGCCACGGAGGCGCUGGCAGCCACAGCGGUCACGCAGCUGACAGUGGUCCCCGUGACGGCCGCCGUGACGGCAGACGAGACCGAAGCACUUAAGGCGGAGAUAACCAAGGCCGUGAAGCAGGUUCAGGAAGCAGACCCCAACACGCAGAUCCUCUACGCCUGUGACUCGUGCGGGGAGAAGUUCCUGGAUGCCAACAGCCUGGCCCAGCACGUGCGGAUCCACACGGCGCAGGCCCUGGUGAUGUUCCAGGCCGACACGGACUUUUACCAGCAGUACGGAGCCGCCGCCACGUGGCAGGCUGAGCAGGUGAUCCAGUCAGGGGAGCUGCUCUUCCGAGCCCGCGACGGGGCGGAGGUGCAGACCCCCGUGGCUGAGGAGUGCCAGAACCCUGCAGAGUGAAUCCGCAGCACCCGGCCAGUCAGGAGGCCCCCGGGAGUGGGAACCAGGAGAGGAGACGGAUCAUGCUACAGCAUUUGGCUACUAAAGGAAGCAGGAGCCCACAUGGGGGCGCUGCUGAGUCAGCUGCUGGUCACGUCCCGACCAGUUAUUUAAAGACAGCUCCAUGGAUUGAUGUAAAAAUGUAUUUCUGUAAUGAGAGAAUCCACACUAAGUUGUGUAAUAUCUAGAGAAAAAUAAAUCCCAUUAUUUUCUAAAUCCUAUUU